AUGAUUUACCUCAUUCCCUCCCCCAGAAUUUCAAAGAAUAUUCCUACAACUAAAGAUGUUGAACCUCUACUUGAAAUUGAUGGAGAUAUACGGAACUUUGAAGUAUUUUUAUCUUCUCGAACACCUGUUCUUAUUGCACGUGAUGUAAGAACCUUUUUACCAUGUACUGUAAACUUAGAUCCCAAACUACGAGAAAUCAUUGCAGACGUUCGUGCUGCGAGAGAUCAAAUGAAUAUUGGAGGACUUCCUUAUCCCACGUUGCCUUUACAUGAGGCACCUGCCAGAGCAACAUCUCUGUUCAGUCAGCCUUCAUCAGCUUGCUCUUCUACAACCUCUUUCAACGGACCUUUCAAUAGCGGAGUUUUAUCACCACAGCCUCAUAGCAGUUACUAUAGUGGUAUGACAGGACCUCAGCAUCCAUUUUACAAUCGGCCAUUCUUUGCCCCAUAUCUUUACAUGCCAAGGUAUUACCCUGGCAGUUCUCAUCUCAUCUCACGUCCACCACUAAAAACGAGUUUGUCCAGAGAUCAGAACAAUGGCCUAGAUGUUAUCAAGGAGGAUGCUGAUGAGGGGCUCCCUUCACCCACAGACCCCUCAAUGCCAUGUAAGUCUGGGUUAAGCAAAAACAGACAGGGAGCAGGAGCAGGCACAGGAUCGACCACAGGAGUAUCACAUGUGUCUCUGAGCACAAUGAAUGUGGAAGCUGUGUGUGAGAAGCUAAAGCAGAUAGACGGGCUGGACCAGAGCAUGCUACCUCAGUACUCUGCAACUAUAAGAAAGGCAAAUAUAAAUGGCCGUGUCUUGGCUCAGUGCAACAUUGAUGAACUGAAAAAAGAAAUGAGUAUGAAUUUUGGUGACUGGCAUCUGUUCAGGAGCAUGAUACUUGAAAUGAGAAAUUCAGAAAAUCAGGCUGUUCAGGAAGAUCCUCGUGGAACAGCUGAGCAUGUUACCACUGCGAUUCCUCAUAGUGAACUUACUCGUCGUCCUGGGCAUAACACUGAGUUGCCUCACACUGAGCUUACAGGUCUUUCUGGUCAAGCUCCCUACACUCUUAACUUCAGCUUUGAAGAACUCAACACGAUUGGUCUCGAUGAAGCUCCUCCACGCCAUAGUAACUUAAGCUGGCAGUCACAAACUCGCAGAACUCCAAGUCUUUCAAGUCUUAAUUCUCAAGAUUCUAGUAUUGAAAUAUCAAAGCUUACUGACAAGGUACAGGCAGAAUACAGAGAUGCAUAUAGAGAGUACAUUGCUCAAAUGUCACAGUUAGAAGGAGGUGCCAAUUCUACGACAGUCAGUGGUAGGUCCUCCCCUCAUAGCUCAAAUGCUUUCUAUAUGGGGCAGAGUACCUCAGGGGGUUCCUUGCAUUCCAGUGCAGAACAGGAAAAAGGAAAAGAUGGUGAACAGAAACAAGAUGAUGGAAGAAAGUCCUUCUUGCUGAAGAGAAAUGAUGUUGAUUACAGUACUUCAGGUGUUUCUACUAACGAUGCAUCUCCUUUGGAUCCUAUUACUGAAGAAGAUGAAAAGUCUGAUCAGUCUGGUUCUAAGCUUCUACCAGGAAAGAAGUCUUCGGAAAGAACAAGUAUUUUCCAGGCUGCAGAUUUAAAGCUUAAGGGAGUUACUCUCCGGUAUCAGAAACUUCCAAGUGAUGAAGAUGAGUCAGGAACUGAGGAAUCAGAUAAUACUCCACUUCUUAAGGAAGGUAAAGAUAAGAAAACAGAUGUCAAAAUAGAGAAGCAGCCCAAAUCUCCAGAACAUGGAUCUGAACCUAUCAGAACCUUCAUCAAAGCAAAGGAGUAUUUGACAGAUGCCCUUUUGGAUAAAAAGGAUUCAUCUGACUCUGGUGUAAGAUCCAAUGAAAGUUCUCCGAAUCAUUCCCUCCAUAAUGAAGGAGCAGAUGAUUCACAGCUUGAAAAGGCAAAUCUCAUUGAGCUUGAAGAUGACAGUCACAGUGGAAAGAGAGGAAUUCCACACAGCCUUAGUGGCCUUCAAGAUCCAGCUGUGGUUCGCAUGUCCAUUUGCUCAGAAGAUAAGAAAAGCCCUUCUGAAAGCAGCUUCAUAGCAAGUAGCCCAGAAGAGAACUGGCCAGCUUGCCAGAAAGUCUAUAAUUUAAACAGAACCCCUAGUACAGUAACCUUAAAUAAUAACAGUGCUCCAAACAAUCAAGCUAAUAAAAAUUUUGAAGAAAUACAAGGUAUCAGAGAUUCCCCUCAAAUUAUCCUGCACCCUGGCUCAGGUUCCAAUUCAACUGCGGUUCAGAAUGAGAACCUGAAGAGCGUUGCUCACAAGCGGAGCCAGCGUUCAAGUUACACCAGGCUUUCAAAAGAUUCAUCAGAGCUCCACACUGUUACAGCCUCAGAAGGGGCUGGUUUUGGAGAAGAAAGGGAGAGUAUCCUGUAAAAAGUACGCCCGUGAGCUGUAGCUUGUUUGGAAUUCUUUGUCAGUGUGUGGUUACAUUAAGCUCUGUAGUUUAAGCUUUCAAUAUUGUAAUAGAAGGUCUAGAUUAUUUUCAGUCAUUUUCUUGGAGAGAAGAAGUAAUUUUUACAAGAAGUAAAUUACUUCAGACCUGCCCCACAUAUAAAAGCAGUACUUGCCAGUAUGGAAAACCAGUUCUUCGUUAAGGCACUGUGCAAAGGUUUGGUCAAGGGCAGGUGUUACAGAAGUAAGUAUGGCUUAGUUAUUAAAAUUAUGAUGUGAUUUUCCUUUUCUGUUGGGAUAUGUAUCACUUAUCCCUUCUAAACUUUCCCGUUAAGUCUGCAUACUUGCAAGUAAAAUUAAGACUGUGCAUCUUUGCCAUUUGAUGUAAGAGGUGCCAGAACAUUAAAUAUCACAACCUGUGACACCCUUACCAAACUUUGCCUUAAUUAGUGGAUUGAUGUGUGCAACAUAUAUUGCAUAUGUUGAAAUUUGAGUGUUAAGGUACCUGUUUAGCUAUACGUACACUUUUACUCUCUGUAUGUUCAGUAAUUCCUGUUGACUUUGUGAACCCUGGGUAGAGUGGUGAUAAGGUCUGUAAGGAGCAUUGUCUUGAUGUGUCAUUAGGAUUGGCAGUUAUUUAUAAGGUAACACCUUAUCAUUGAUUUAGUGGAUCCAUUAUUUAUUAUAGGUACAUAAUUUUACAGUCACUGGUCUAAAUAGAUGCAACCAUCUGAUCUACAUUAAAAUAGUGUAAAAAAUUAUAAAGUAUGAGCGUGAUAUCUGAACUUACGGAGUAUCUGUUGCCGUGUGUGAUCUUUCCUUGGUACGGUGUUUUAACAUUUGGUUAUGGAAAGAAAAAUAAGCAGUUUGCCAUUUUAAAAAUAAUGCAUACUUUUUGGAAUCUCAUCAGAGCUGUAUGCCAGCUUCUUCAUUUCUGAAGUUCAGUGUUUGAAGAUUUUUAUGUCAUCUGAGUAAUGCACCUGAAUGUUACUGUAGCAAAUACUUGUACUGUCCAGUGAAAUCUGCAUGUUUUUGAGGAAGAAUUGUUCAAACUAGACUCUGGUAGUACAAAGAGAAUAAAAAAUAAAUUG